AUGGAAGUGUAUCACGAGACAUGUCAGACCUUCACCUACGAUGCCAAGCCCCUUGCCACACAAGUUCAGGACAGCUCCGAUCGCCCUGAAAACCCUAGGGUUAGUCUUGAGAUCGACUUAUCACUCUUCGUAAACAAGAAGUACUACGUCAAUAUCUCUGAAGAAUCCGAAGACGACGAAGUUGAUAGGAUUCCAAUAUUCCAAGACAAAGAACUGAAAGAAUUACCUUCCAAAAGCCUAAGGAUCACAGUACAUGACGUGCGGUAUUUAGACGAUCAUAAUGCCUACAAAGAAAAUAAGGAUGGUAUAUCCGGCAUGCUUAAAGAACAUGAAAUAAUCAAGGGUGAGUCCAUGCGCAAUCUAGUGGUGGAAAGGAUUCUGAACCAGGGUCGUAGGAUUGGGGAGUCGGAUUCAAACAAGGGUCCCAAAAAACUGCGGUUGAGGGUCGACAUGAAAAGAGACCAUAUCUGGGACAUGUGCGAAAUGUGUUCGGAUGAACGAGUCAUUGCAAGGGACGCACAGCUUCAGAAGACGCUAAAGAGGGCUAGAGUGGUGGCUGAUGACCAUGACGAUGAGGAGGACGAGGACGAGGACGAGGAUGGUGAUGAAGUUGGAGAAAUAAAAAAAAGACGCAUAGUGCAUGAAGGCGAGGUUUGUUGCGUUUGCACGGAAGAGUUUGUUGCUGGAUCAAAAGAUGUGAAAUACCUGCCUUGCUCGCAUGUGUUUCAUGGCAAAUGCAUAGGAGCAUGGCUGAGAGAGAGAAAAGAUAGCUGCCCUGUUUGCCGCUACUGCGUUGAGUUGCCUAAUAUUGAACACGGAUCACAAGACAAAAUUGAGAAGCCUAUGUGCACUACUGAUUUCAAAGAUAGUUAA